CCUGCCUAGUAUUAUAAUAUUGCAUCUCAUUUUCACUACUUUCUGUCCCUUCCCCUCUUGUCAAUUUUUUCCCCCCUUCCCAUACUCUCAUUACCAUAUUUUAGUCUUUUGUGUAGCAAUACUUUCAACAAGAAGAUGGGUGAAAGAGAUGAUGAGUUUGGGUUGAGUUUGAGUUUGGGAUCAAAUCAUCCACACCCACCGCCUCAUUUCCCCUUGCCUCUGCGUUUCUUGAAUCCUGAUCUGAGUGGGGAGAGGAGGAUGAGGGGGAUAGAUGUGAACAUGCCAGCAGCUGAAGUGGAGGAGGAACUGGGCGCUUCAUCUCCGAAUAGCACGGUGUCGAGUUUAAGCGGAAAGAGGAGCGAGAAUGAGGUGGAGAGAGACAGGGACUCCAGCUAUGAGGAUGAAGAUGGCGGCGAUGCGGCGGCGAGGAAGAAGCUCCGGCUGUCCAAAGAACAAGCGGCCAUGCUUGAAGAGACUUUCAAGGAGCACAACACUUUGAACCCAAAGCAAAAGUUGGCAUUGGCAAAAGAGCUGAAUUUAAGGCCUAGGCAAGUUGAAGUGUGGUUUCAGAACAGGAGGGCUAGAACAAAGCUGAAGCAAACAGAGGUAGAUUGUGAGUACUUGAAGCGAUGCUGUGAAAAUCUGACAGAUGAGAACAAACGGUUGCAGAAGGAAGUGAGCGAGCUUCGAGCAUUGAAGCUCUCCCCACAAUUCUACAUGAACAUGAACCCUCCAACUACUCUCACAAUGUGCCCUCAGUGUGAGCGUGUGUCCUCAUCUUCGUCGACAACCUCAGCUUCUGUAUCUUCGGCUUUAUAUCCAAAAACCGGCAUGGUGAACGAACGCAACCCCAACAAUCCAGUAGGGCCUCCGCAGCCCCAUCGGCCAGUGCCGAUCAAUCCUUCAUGGGCCAAGAUUUUCUCGCAGAACCAACUGGAGGGUCAUCGUCCUAGUUAGGUUGUGGUUUUUGUGUCCAGCUAGAAAGGGUUUAAUGGUAAAAUGGGUAUGACAAAGGGAAAGUAUAGUAUGGAAUGGGUAUGAAAAUUUGAGGAAAUGGGGAGGAAUGAUUAUGCUGGAUGAAAAUGAGAUAGAAGGUAGGGAACAAUGUUGAAAUGUUUAGGAUUCUAGUGUAGUCUUUUAACAUUAUGAUGAUGAAAUCUUUUGUUUCUUUUGGUACUUGAUUUGGUAAUGACAGCCCUGCAUCCUUAUCAUGACUAUA